GUGACCCUACAGCGGGGGAGACGGGUGAGGAGAUCCAGCCACAGCCUCCCCUGUCCCACAGUGCAUUGCACCGUGCCCACCACCACCAUGUCCACCCCCAGCGGCAGCCCCGAGAGAGAGGGCUCCACAGGGGGACCCAACCAGUUGGAGUGUCCCCCCUCCUCUCCCCCUGGCAUGGACCACUCCAUGGGCAGCCCCCUGCUCAGCCCGGACUCAUCUUGCCAAGAUGCCAUGCUCUCGGCCCCCGCCGCCUCCCCCGCUGACUCGGAGAGCCUGAGCCCUGACGAGCUAGAGCUGCUGGCUAAGCUGGAGGAGCAGAACAGGUGAGAAAGAGAUUGGAACUGGGGUUCACGUGUUGCACAGUAGCUAUAGGUAACUGCCAAAAUAAAGGAAACACCAACAUAAAGUGUCUUUAAUAGGGUGUUGGGCCACCAGAAGAGCUUCAAUGCACCAUGGCAUAGAUUCUACAAGUGUCUGGAACUCUAUUGGAGGGAUGCGACAUCAUUCUUCCUCGAGAAAUUCCAUAAUUUGGUGUUUUGUUGAUGGUGGUGGAAAAGGCUGUCUGGCGCCGCUCCAGAAUCUCCCAUAAGUGUUCAGUUGGGUUGAGAUCUGGUGACUGAGACACACACACCCUUUAAACCCCCUAUGCACCUUUGAGACCCCUCUUUCAAAGUCACUGAGAUAUCUUCUUCUAGUCAUGGUGGCCAAAAUAAUGGGAGACUGGCCAUGUUUAUACAUAGACCCUAAGCAUGAUGGGAUGUUAAUUGCUUAAUUAAUUCCGGAACCACACCUGUGUGGAAGCACCUGCUUACAAUUGACUUUGUAUGCCUCAUUUACUCAAGUGUAAUUUAUUUUGGCAGUUACCUGUAUGUUUCCAUGAACUUGUCCAGGGGUUUUGUGUAGGCAUUUAGAAAGUUUGCAUAGAAAAUAGAUGCGACAAUUGCCUGCCACGUUGCGUUUCCAUUGAACUGUCUUGUGUCGAUUUAAAAACAGCUGGACGUAAUGACAUCCCAUCAAAUUAUAAUUUUUGUAUUUAUAAAACCUAGUGUCAAAUAAAAAUGAAGUGGUUGAAGUGUUUCCAUGAUCCAUUUAUACAAAUUGCGCAUUAAUAAAUUGGCGACAGCCUGUAUGCCCUCCCACCUAUCUGUUUCAUGUCUCAGGUAGCCCGCAAGAGCCAGCAUGGAAAGAAUGCAAGAAUUGACUAAUAUUUGCCAUAUUCUAAUAAUUGUCAUGUGCCACUGUAUCAUCACAGUCCUUGCCAUGGUGAAACUUGCACUCCUGUUGAUCUGAAAUAAUUGGAUAGUGAACUUGCAUCCAGCCAACCAGAAAAGCAAGCGAAGCAAUUCAGGCAUUCUUGAAAGUCAGGACAAUCCUUGUCCUGCAAAGAAACAUUAUUAUUUUGCAAGUAGUUGGCAUUUAGAAUUAGAUGUGGAUUCAAUCUUUAUAGUUAGGCCUACCUUAACAAUUAUUUAGCAAUCAUUUAUUCUAAAAAUAGUUUCCAUCAGAAUUUGUCGCAAUAAAGAAAGUUCUACAAAAUAAAAAUCCACCCAUAUCGAACAGAUAAAUGUUGAUCUUUAGAACAUUUCUCCUAUAUCUGCCGUUUCCAUUACACAUGUCACCAAGAUUUCUUUUCGCAAUAUUGCUUUUGUCAAAUAAACCUGCCUACUGUUGCAAAAUUAGUGCCUGGUGACUGGUCUUGCAUGGCUGCCUUCAAGAUCACUGCGCUGUUGUGAGAAUGGCAUUUGCUGAUAUUUUGCCAGGUAAAUGAUGAUCCACUCGUAAACAGACAGGUACAGUCCAGCGAUCCAUCUGUGUUACAGAACAUUGCUAUGAGGCUUCCAGGUCUGUAUGGGGUAGCAGAGGUUAGCCUCUCCCCGUUGUGGGUAGCUCCAGAGCAGAUGCACUGAGCAGAUGUCUCAUUGGGCUGGAGGAGCCUCUGGCCAAGGCCUAGUGGGCCGGCUAGGCUAGCUGAGAUACGCUUUGAUGCCAGAGCUGGAACAUUCACUGUUGCACCUGCCUCUUCUGCCUCUGUGAGCUGGAGCUUUGCUGUUACUGCCACAUAAUUAUAACCAAUGUGCAAGCACACACUCAGUCUGUGUCUGAAAUGGCACCCUAUUCCCUAUGUAGUGCACUACUUUUGACCAGGGUCCAGAUGAGCUCUGGUCAAAAGCAGUGCACUAUAUAGGAGAAAAAAGCUGCCAUUUUGCACGCACCCUCAGUGUGUCUACUAUCAGAGUAGCUGCUACGGCCUUGAAACUGAUAAGUCUCAACAAAAGGCCCAGUGUUUCACUAUCAAGAGAGGUGCACUGCAAGGCUCAGUGACUUCACCUAGUAGUAUUAAAGGUACUGCAGGUUGUUUGUGCCCUCCAGUGUUUUAGAUGACAUUCUCCCACAUGAUUUUCUACUACAUCACUUGGGGUAAAAAUGAAAAAGUUUCAAGGUUUUUUUAAACUCUUUUUUCGUAAAUUGAAGUGAACAGUCUAAUUAAUGCAAAAGAGAAAUAUAACAUUAAGCCCGAAGAGUUUAACAUUAUGGAUUAACAAUAAAAAAUAUAUAAGCAAGUAAUAGAAAGAAACAAGAUGAGUAAUGAAAGCAUAAGUGACUCGAGUCACUCAUGACCCUUAUCUGACCAUUGACCUCUAACCCCUUGACCCCCCCUUCCUCCUCCCCAGACUUCUGGAGGCGGACUCCAAGUCAAUGCGCUCAAUGAGCGGCUCGCGGCGGAACAGCGGCUCGUCCCUGGUGUCCAGCUCCUCUGCCUCGUCCAACCUGUCCCACCUGGAGGAGGACACCUGGAUCCUGUGGGGACGCAUCGUCAACGAGUGGGACGAGUGGAGACGCAAGAAGGACAAGCUGCUCAAGGUGAGGGGUGGGAGGAUGGAUGAGUGAUCGAGAGACUGAUAGAGCGAAGGGAAGAGAGGGGAGAAGAUGGAGAGAUGGGAUAAAUGAGGGGAGGAGAGGGGGGGGAAGAGGAGAUAUGACGUGGGAGUGGUGGGCAGAGGAGAGAUGGAUGGAUGGGUAAGGGAGAGGGUACAUAGGGGAUAGGGGGGAUAAGAUGGAGCGCGGGGACAGAGCAGAGAGGACGAAUAAGGGGAGAGAGGACAGUAGGGAAGGUGAGAAGCGAUGGAUGAGUUGGAAAGGAGCAAGGGGAAGAGAGGAGAACAUGGAGAGAGAGGAUGGAUGAGGGAGAGAGCAGACGGUGCCAGGGAAAAGGAGGGGAGAGGAUGGAAAAAGGGAGAGGGGAACAGCAGGAGAGAUUAGAGAGGAGAAAAUGGGAGCGAGGACAAAUGAGGAGAGAGCACAGAUGGAGGGAGAAGAAAGGAUAAGUGAAGAUUAGAGACAUAUGAGAGGGUGUAGACAUUCAGUAUAGGCUAGGAUGUAGAGUUUUACAGUAAACUGAGAAUUUGACUUGUAAAUAAACCUUUCUUUUCACCUCCAGGAGCUGAUCCGUAAGGGCAUCCCACACCACUUCCGGGCGAUCGUGUGGCAGCUGCUGGGUAACGCCACAGACAUGCCAGUGAAGAACCAGUACUCUGAGCUGCUCAAGAUGUCCUCGCCCUGCGAAAAGCUCAUCCGACGGGACAUCGCCCGCACCUACCCCGAGCAUGAGUUCUUCAAGGGCCAGGACAGCCUGGGUCAGGAGGUGCUCUUCAACGUCAUGAAGGUGAGGGUGCAUGACAUUUUGACCUUUGACAUGACUUUUUUUCUGCAUUAUUAGAAUGUUGUCUCUUUGGUUCACAUGGACAAACAGAAUGGAUUUGGUUUGAUUAGUCCUUUUUAUACUAGUGAGAUGUGCAGUUUGAUGAACAGUUAGAAGCAGUUACAUCUGCAUUGCUUGCUGUUUGGGGUUUUAGGCUGGGUUUCUGUAUAGCACUUUGACAUCUGCUGAUGUAAAAAGGCCUUUAUAAAUACAUUUGAUUGAUUGAUUGAGUUAGAUGUGUAUAUGAACUGUAUGGGCCGGUUUCCCAGACACUGAUUAAGCCUAGUCCUGGACUAAAAAGAAUGGCAAAUGGAGAAUCUCUAAACUGAAUCUGUGUCCGGGGAACCUCCCCUAUGAGUAUAGGUUUGUUCAUAUUGAUGUCUGUGUGUGCAGGCGUAUUCUCUGGUGGACAGGGAGGUGGGUUACUGCCAGGGCAGUGCCUUCAUCGUGGGCCUGUUGCUCAUGCAGGUAACGUCUCUUCAGCAGCCCUCUAGUCUAGACAUCCCCCUCUCUUGCUAUCACUCUACGUUGUGCUAAAUACGGAAUUGUCCUGAUUCUACCCUUUUUCCCUUGCUUAUAUGAAUAAAUUACCUCUGAGCUCCUGAUUAGUGCGAACACACACACACACACACACACACACACACACGGCCUGACCCUGUCUCUCCUGUGGCCCUCUAGAUGCCAGAGGAGGAGGCGUUCUGUGUGUUUGUGCGUCUGAUGCAGGAGUACCGUCUGAGGGAGCUGUUCAAACCAACCAUGGCUGAGCUAGGCCUCUGUAUCUACCAGUUUGAAUACUUGCUGCAGGUAAAUAAACUCUGUCUUUAUUCAUCUCCAUAUGUCACGCUGGCCAAUGUAGAAGGUUGUAUGCGUCCCAAAUGGCACCUUAUUCCCUAUAAAGUGCAUUACUUUUGACCAGGGCCAAUAGGUCAAAAGUAGUGCACUAUGUAGGGAAUACAGUGCUAUUUAGGACGCAUCUAUUGACAAAUAAACUAAAAACCUUAAGGGCCUGGCAGGUGUCUGGGAUUGAAAUGAUUGGUUUACCUCAAACAUGUCUAGUUGUACCUAGGUUCAUAUACAGUGUACUGUAGUUGGGGAAUAAGCACAGAUAUUGCAAUGAUAAAGUUGUCCACUAUGGGGCAGCAAAUAGAUUCAUACAGCACAGACUUGAGCUAGGUUAGUCCUUACAUUUAAAAGUACCACUUUGAAACCAUUAUGGAUUUGUAGCUGAACUAAAAUCCCUAUUAACGCUUCCUUCCCUCUCGUUCCCUCUCUUCCCUUCUUUCCCUUCCUCUUCCUCUCAUCCACCCUUUUCCAUUCCUCUUUUCCCUCUCUUUCCUUAUCCCAACAGGAGCAGCUCCCGGAGCUGAACGUUCACUUCCGUUCUCAGAGUUUCCACACCUCCAUGUACGCCUCCUCCUGGUUCCUCACUCUCUUCCUCACCUUCCUCCCCAUGCCCGUCGCCACGCGCAUCUUUGAUAUCUUCAUGUACGAGGUAAGAGACUCACCACUGGUGUCUUAUAGGUGAGUGUGAGAACGUGUUUGGGUGAACAUAUACUUAGAAAACAUAAACAUAGUGGAUCUAAUAUACAUUAUGUCUGAUUUAUUUUAAUUUUGUAACCUUUAUUUCCAGGUUGUUCUCAUUAAGAUAAAAUCUAUUCUACAAGAGAAUCUUGUGAUCUAGUACUGUGUGUGUUGAAUUGAACUUUCAUUCCCUGUCUUCAGGGUCUGGAGAUUAUAUUUCGUGUGGGCAUGGCCAUUCUGCAGUACAACCAGACUGACCUCAUCCAGCUGGACAUGGAGGGCAUGUCCCAGGUAACAACCACUAGCCCCCCAUAGGACUCUGGUCAAAAGUAGUACACAAUAUAUGGAAUAGGGUGCAUCACAUAAAGGGCACUACAGCAGGGUUCCCCAGUAGGCUGUUUCACCAUUAAAUAAUCCAGCUUUAAGGGACCAAAUUCGGCCCGCGGGUGCUUUUAUUUGGCCCCCCAAGUUGAGUUUUUUUUUAUUUAAAAAAUAAUAAUAUUACUUUUCUUUCUUGGGCAUAAAAGACUGUAGAAUCACCAGAAAAUGAGCUCAAAAUGAUUUUAAUUUAGGAAAUCUGUUCCCAAGUAUUCCCAUGGAUAAAUAGAGGCAUAUGUGAUUGUAUUAAAAUGUAAUCAAGGUUUGAAAUUAUAAUUGUUUUGUCAAGUACUAUAUCCGUUCUUGCGGUCAAUGUGCAGUGUACAAAUUAUUUAUAACUAUGUUCCGGCCCCCCGCCCAUCCGCUCAAGGAAAAAUCGGCCCACAGCUAAAUCUAAUUGGGGACCCCUGCACUAUAGUAUAAGUCAUGAAUUAUCAAUGUAGAUAGACACAAGACUUGCUGCAAGCAAGAAAAACAAAAAAAGUGGAAUUAACCACUGUAUAAACAUAUGGGCAUUUGUGAAGGGUCUUUACUUCAAUUAUCAUGUGAUUACCUAUACUGGACGUAUUAUUCUCGUUCGUAGUGUAUUAACAGGACAUAUUCUCGUUCAUAGCGUAUUAACAGGACAUAUUCUCGUUCAUAGCGUAUUAACAGGACAUAUUCUCGUUCGUAGUGUAUUAACAGGACAUAUUCUCGUUCGUAGUGUAUUAACAGGACAUAUUCUCGUUCAUAGCGUAUUAACAGGACAUAUUCUCGUUCGUAGCGUAUUAACAGGACAUAUUCUCGUUCGUAGUGUAUUAACAGGACAUAUUCUCGUUCGUAGCGUAUUAACAGGACAUAUUCUCGUUCGUAGUGUAUUAACAGGACAUAUGCUCGUUCAUAGUGUAUUAACAGGACAUAUGCUCGUUCAUAGUGUAUUAACAGGACAUAUUAUUUUUCAUAGUUUAUUAUAUGGAGCUCUAACCAUGUCUUUGCCUUCUCUCACAGCACUUCCAGAAGGUGAUCCCCCACCAGUUUGACAGCUGCCCAGACAAGCUGAUCCUGAGGGCCUACCAGGUUAAAUACAACCCCAAGAGGAUGAAGAAGUAGGUUCUGCGUCUGAUCAUAUAUUAGAAUAACAAUACUGGCUUUAGGGUGUAGACUACAGUUGAUAUGGCCUAAUGGGACCUGGUUUGUGGUGUUAUUACUAUACAAAGCAUGCUUUUAGUUUAAGAUUAGAUUCGUUUCAGUUUUAUUUGCACAUAGUCAAAUACAUAAAUGUACAAUGGAAACAUAUUGUAUGAAUCUAACUCUGCUAAAAUGCUUUUAUUUGCCAGGUUGGAGAAAGAGUACACCACAAUCAAGAACAAAGAGAUGGAGGAGCAGAUAGAGAUUAAGGUGUGUGUGUGUGUGUGUGUGUGUGUGCAUGUCUAACUUCUUCUUUAAUAUAUUAAUAGGCCAACAGAAAAAACGUUUUUCUGUUUUACCUUGUAUAAUGACUAACACAGUUUCCUAACUGUCUCUCUACUCGUCUUAAAUACCAAAAAAAAUCCACAGAGGUUACGCACAGAGAACAGGCUUCUGAAGCAAAGGAUUGAGACAUUGGAGAAGGUAAGAGAUGGAAACUUGGCUUCGAGUCAGACACUCACUUUAGCGCUUAUGUGAAUAAGGUUGAUGAUGUACAAUAAAACACAGCCAGAAACAUAUGAAGCUAAAAUAUAGCCAUGCCAACUAAUACUUAUAUCCUGUCACAUUUACAGAAUAAGUGAGGUUACUUAAGUUGUGAAUGUACCUAAGGACAGAGAUCAUGUCUGUUGAUUUUGUGUGCGUGAGUGGAUGAUUUAAAUUGAUGGGCCUUAUUCUAGACCGGAGCCACUAAGUCUCUCCUUCUUUUCCAAGUACUCUGGCUUUUCUUUUCCCACUUUCUUCUCUCCUGUUGUUCUCUGAGUAAAGCUUUUUGUCUUUCUGUUCUCUUCUUUAUUCCUUCUCUCACACAAACACACUGCCGCUCUUUCACUCUAUAUUAUCGAUUUCUCUCUCACCCUCUCUUCCCCUUCUCUUAUUUAUUUCCUGUUGUCAUAUUUCCGUUACUCGUUCGCCCUGUUCGCCCAUUCCUUAUCUUCCUCUUUAUUUCUUCCUAUUCUUUCCUUUUCCUCCUUUCCUUUUCUCUUCCUUUUCUUAUCCUCUUCUUCCUCUCCUUCACCGGUGUUGUAGGAAAGUGCUGCUCUAGCAGACAGGCUGAUACAGGUACAGUACUGGAAAACCAUCUCUCCUCUCCUCCUCUCACACCUUCCUUCCUCCUGCACUUCCUCUCUCCGUCUCCUUGACAGUGACCAAUCAAUGCCUGACUUCUGCAUGAGAGAAUGUUUGUUUGUCUGUCCGUCAGACCAUGCUCCCCCUUCACCGCAUGUGCAUCUGUGUGUCCAUGGCAGGAGCUCUAAUACUAAGGCCUACAGCCCUGCAUGUGGCAUGUGGAAACACAGGUGUACCCCAAGGCACUGUUUUAGGCCCUUUGUCAUUUAUUAGGAUAGAAAUGUCUUUGUAGGGUAAUUACAACCUAAUAGGAUAGGAUACAGAAGAGCCAUUUAUAUUCUACUCUGUCAACUCCUAAUAUCUAACCUCAAUAGUGAAAGUGUUAACGCUAAGCCCCAAUUCCCUCUAAAUUCAAACCAACGUUGUCGAUACCCCCCAGACACAUUCCCUAUAACUGACACGGCCCCCUCUGGUCUCUGACCCUCUAUCUUAACUAUUCCAGGGUCAGGUGACGCGGGCGCAGGAGGCUGAGGAGAACUACGUGAUCAAGCGGGAGCUGGCGGUGGUGAGGCAGCAGUUCAGCGUGACCAGCCAGAACCUGGAGAAAGCCCAGGACACCAUCGGAGAACUGCAGCGGGAGAAGGUAAGGAAUGAUCUGGAGUCAGUGUGGGUGAGAUAUUGGGAUGCUGCAGGGGCAGGGACUCAGAUGUAGAACUGAUCUAGAGUCAGGCUUUGAUGAACGGUGCACCCGUCUUUUCGCUAAGAGAUUAUGAGUAAAAAACUAUAUUGCAAUGGGUAACAAGUUCUAAAAGGUACAAAUUGACAACAAAAGAAAUGUGAUGCGCCAGUGACUGGUAUGGAAAAUUACAAGCACUAGGCUGUAUAGUCAGUGGUUGCCCUUGUGGUUGUUGUUUUUCUUGUUUGGGGAACUGACUCAUUCUGAUGGUCUUCUGCUCGUAAAAUAUCAACAUAUUUUUUUGCGAAUUUGACUUGUCAUUUCAAAAAUAGUUACAUUCUAAAUCGAUGAUGUUGAGAAAUUCUUCGGCUAAAAAAAUAAAGGCUGGUGUUGGCGAGAACGGGGAAGUGUCAAAGUGAAUUUCCCCAAACCAGUUUGUGUUGAGUUGCUUUUUAAACAGUUCAGUGUAACUCCGUGUAUGGAUGUUCGUGAUUUGUAAGUUCAGGAUCAAGUUUCAUUGUAAGUGUAGGGUAGCACUUUGAUGAUAGUGGACAGGCUGGUAAACACUUUCUUAGUUUCUCUUUAUGGAUCUUAUCUGAAAAUGUAAAAUACAGAAACUGAAUCACUACCAAAGUAACCCGUUUGACGCUCACGUACAGUAAAUCUGGGUGUGUUUUAGUAUGGUGUUGCUUGUCAAUGUAUUGACUGUUUCUAAUGUAGAGUUAUUGCUUUCAGUUGCCAGUAGAGAAACAUCGUACAUUAUAAAUCAAAUAAAAUGUUAUUUGUCACGUGCCGAAUACAACAGGUGUAGACCUUACAGUGAAAUGCUUACUUACAAGCCCUUAACCAACAAUGCAGUUAAGAAAAUAGAGUUAGGAAAAUAUUUACUAAAUAAACUAAAGUUUAAAAAAGGUAACACAAUAAAAUAACAAUAACGAGGCUAUAUAUACAGUGGGGUACUGGUACCGAGUCAAUGUGCGGGGGUACAGGUUAGUCGAGGUAAUUGAGGUAAUAUGUACAUAUAGGUAGGGGUAAAAUGACUAUGCAUAGGUAAUAAACAGCGAGUAGCAGCAGUGUAAAAACAAAGGGGGGGAGUGGGGUCAAUGCAAAUAGUCCGGGUGGCCAUUUGAUUAACUGUUCAGCAGUCUUAUGGCUUGGGGGUAGAAGCUGUUAAGGAGCCUUUUGGACCUAGACUUGGCGCUUCGGUACCGCUUGCCGUGUGGUAGCAGAGAGAACAGUCUAUGACAGUCGGUGAUCAGGCCUACCACUGUUGUGUCGUCAGCAAACUUAAUGAUGGUGUUGGAGUAGUGCUUGGCCACGCAGUCGUGGGUAAACCGGGAGUGUACAGGAGGGAACUAGGCACGCACCCCUGAGGGCCCCCGUGUUGAGGAUCAGCGUGGCAUUUGUGUUGUUGCCUACCCUUACCACCUGGGGGCGGCCCGUCAGGAAGUCCAAGAUCCAGUUGCAGAGGGAGGUGUUUAGUCCCAGGGUCCUUAGCUUAGUGAUUAGCUUUGUGGGCACUAUGGUGUUGAACGCCGAGCUGUAGUCAAUGAACAACAUUCUCACAUAGGUGUUCCUUUUGUCCAGGUGGGAAAGGGCAGUGUGGAGUGCGAUUGAGAUUGUGUCAUCUGUGGAUCUGUUGGGGCACUUCAUAGCUACCAACGUGAGUGCUACGGGCGGUAGUCAUUGUAUAGAGUUUGAUUGACCUGUUUGAAAUCCAUAGUGUUAUAACAUUGUGUUCACCCAGGGCUGGUGUUGUAUUAGCCAGUUGUAUGUGCCAUCUAAUGUAUAGGUGUAGACAGACAGCCAUGGUGAGGUGGACAAUAGUGUGAUAUUGAAAGCGUAGACAGACAGACAAUGCCUGUAGCCCAGCUGGUACAGCACAAAAGGGGUUCAGUUAGUAGUUUUUUGACCCCUUCUCCCCAAUUUCGUGAUAUUCAAUUAGUAGUUAGUGUUGUUCCAUCGCUGCCACUCCCGCUGCGCCACUCGGGAGGCCGGGGUUCGGUUAUUCUAUUGUAGAUAUGUUUUGGCAGCUGUGUGUCGCCUGUCCUUGUGUGUUUGUGUGUGUUGUAUGCUACAGCAACACUGAAUGCUCCUCUGUGACUUUGCCUCAAGGUGCGCUGCAUCAUGUGUGCAGCAUGUCGUUUGAAAUCUUUUUUACACACACUUGUUGUUUUUGUCUAUUCAAACACGUGUUUGUCAGUUAGUGCUUGAAUCCGUUUUGAAUGCAAGUCCCCAACUACGGCAAAAACAAAAGAUGACGAUAUGUUUCUGUUACUAAAUGUGUCAGGAACCACAACUCUUUCUACAGACGUUGGUUUCACAGUUUCAAUUCAAAGGGCUUUAUUGGCAUGGGAAACAUAUGUUUACAUUGCCAAAGCAAAUGAAAUAGAUAAUAAACAAAAGUGAAAUAAACAGAAAUGAACCGUAAACAUUACACUCAAAAGUUUCAAAGGAAUAGAGACAUUUCAAAUGUCAUAUUAUGGCUAUGUAGUAUUUUAACAAUGUGGUUUCUCUUCACACUAAUUACACUCAUUCACCAUGUGACGAAUAGGGUGUGUGAGAGUUCACACGUCUCGACAUUGUUUCCUUGACUGUCUCCUCCUCCUCCAUCAGUCUUUCAACACACAGUGAACUAGGUUUAGAUCUACUAGGAUUGGGGCCAUGGAGAGAAUCAGUAGUAUAGGUGUGUGUGGUGUUGUUGCUAUGGAAUUGGAGUUUCAGGUGUGGUCAGAUAGUGUGUUGUGCCUCCGAUGACUAGCCUGGGUAUAUUACCAAGCCAGAAACUCACACACCCCCACCUCUCACUUCUCUCUCACAUUUGAAACUGAGUGGGUACUUUAAUUCACAAAGAAAGAAAGGCUUUUAUGCCAUGCAUACACCUACAAAAAUAUUGGUUUCUCACUCUCUUGGUCUGUCCCAACUUUCUCUCUCACCAUCUCUCUCUGUCUCUUCUCUCUGAAAUGCAUCUAUUGAGAAACGGCCAUGUUUCCGGGUCUGUUGCAGUCUUUGCCCACCACAUCCCUUCUGUCCAUCCCACCACAACUAUCACAGCCACAGCUACACAGAGCUGUACUCCACGUCUCCUUUUAGUACAUCACUCAUUUAUCAGCUUGGGUGUACACAAAUGAGGUGAAUCCACCUCGUGGAGACACUGAUAGACUGAGCGGUUCCCAUAUCCUGCCAUUUAGACAAUCUUCUGACCCAAUCAAUCAAUCAAAUGUAUUUUAAAAAGGCAUUUUUACAUUAGCAGUCGCAAAGUGCUAUACAGAUACCCAGCCUAAAUCCCCAAAGAGAAAGUGAUGCAGAAGUACAGUGGCUAGGGAAAAACUCCCUAGAAAGGCAGGAACCUAGGAAGAAACCUAGAGAGGAACCAGUCUCUGAGGGUUGGCCCAGUCCUCUUCUGACUUUGCUGGGUGGAUGAUCUUUAUCUUCUGAUGCCUUAGUACACAGAGUAGUUUGUGAUUGGUUGGUAUGUGUAGUGUCAGUUUGGUAUUGGUCCCAGUGUGUUGUCUCAGUUUAUAAUUGGUCCAUGUGUUGUGUCUCAGUACACAGAGCAGUUUGUGACCGGUCUGCAGACGCAGCUGGAGCAGUCCCGGCUGCAGGAGGUGGAGCUACUGGGAGCCCUCAAAGAGAUGCAGGACAAAGUACUGGACCUAGAGAAGGUAAGAGAACACACCUGUGCGUGUGUGUGUGUGUGUGUGUCGUUGUAUCUGUGUGUUUCAUAUCUUCAUCGUGUGCGUUCCAGAGGAGCAGCUCUCUGCCUGAUGAGAACAACGUGGCCCAGCUGCAGGAUGAGCUGAAGCUGGUGAAGCUCAGAGAGCUGGAGACACUGCACUCCUUCAGAGAGAUGCAGGACACGGUGACCGAGCUCAACCAGCGCUGGCAGGUAAGUAACACACCACAGAGGUCUGUACAGUAGGGAACGGAAGGCUUUAGAAGGGGAGAGCAUAGUAAAGUUGACUAGAAGAACAGUGUUUAUGUAACAGUAUCUGUGCCUUUCCUCGCCCCAACCUGGGUUUGAACCAGGGACCCUCUGCACACCUCAACAGUCAACCUCGAAGCAUCGUUACCCAUCGCUCCACAAAAAGGGAAACAACUACUUCAAGGUCUCAGAGCGAGUGACAUCACUGAUUGAAACUGUACCAGCGCGCACCGCAAACUAGCUAGCCAUUUCACACCGGUUACACUCACCCCCUUUGACCUACUCCUUUUCCGCAGCAACCAAUGAUCCAGGUCAACAGCAUCAAUGCAACAGUGUUGCUUCUGUCCCUCUCCUAGCCCCAACCUGGGUUUGAACCAGGGACCCUCUGCACACAUUGACAACAGUCAGCAUCGUUACCCAUCGCUCCACAAAAGCUGCGGCCCUUGCACAGCAAUGGAAACGACUACUUCAAGGUCUCAGAGCGAGUGACGUCACCGCUAACUAGCUAGCCAUUUCACACCGGUUACAUUUAGUGGUAGGUAGAUGAAUAGAUCUACUAGUGAAUCAACAAGAUUACAGUGGAGUCAUCACACCAUAAAAGGAUAAAGGAUACAUUCAGCAAACCUCUACUCUCUGUCACCACUCAGACAUGAAAGUAAUCCCAAAGAUGUAAACCAGCAGGGGCACAAGAAAGAGAGAGAUAGAUGGAGAACCUAUGCACCAUGGUUGUGGCUCUCUAACCUGUUCUUCGUCUCGGUUCCUCUCUCUCUCUCCCUCUCCAGCACCACAUGUCAAAAAGCGGUGGGGUUGGAGGUCACUGGAAGGAAUCCCCCAAGAAGAACGCCCUGAACGAGCUGCAGGACAAGCUGAUGGGGGUGCGUCUGAGAGAGGCCCAGGCCCAGGCUGAACUCAGGGAGGUCAAACUCAAAGCCAUACAGCUGGAGAGCCAGGUCAGUGGAGUAACACUAUGGUGAAAUACUUUAGCCUGAUCUCAGAUCUGUUUGUGCUCUUAUUGAUUUAGUCUGAUCCCAGGUCUGUUGCACGUAACAAUGACCAUAGGAGUUGGCAAGACGGCAGAAGCAGUUCUGGGACCAGCCUAGGGAAAUGCAUUGUGUUGGAUCACAUUUCUAAUAGAGAUUUUCAUUAGGCCUAAAUGACUAGGGGGUAAUUCAUACAUCAAAUACUGUGUGGAAAUGAUAGAUAAAUUCCAAGGACAAAUAGUGUGACAUUAUACGACAUUGUGAAAGAACAAUGCAGUAUAAAAGUGGUAAGGAAGAUACAUUUACUGUCAUCUUUUUGAUUUAUGGAAAGUACCUCGCUCAGUGUUUUAACAUUCAGUUCCACACUCAUGUUUCUCACCCUGAUGAGUGAGAUGUUUGUUGUGGUGGAUUAUUCACAGCUCUAUACAACAACAUAGGCACACACACACACAUUUUCUUUACAGUUCAUCACUUUGGGCCUCAGGUUGGCAUUUAUUGGGAUGACUCAUGUACUGGAGGCAGCUCUGUAGAGGGGUCACUAGCUGGCACAGCCACAGUCAUAAAAGCAGAUUUGAAACCUAACCUUAAAUUAAGACUAAAAAGCUCAUUUUUGUUUUCAUUUUUGUUUAUAAUAUAGCCAAUUUUGACUUUGCAGCCUGCCCAUCUAGUGGAAAUCGCUCAGCUCUGCCUCCAGGACAAGAUUCAUCCCAAUAAACGUUAACCUGCUUUUGGGCCUUUAUGUAACCUGACAAGCGUGUGCAUAACUCAGUUUCACAUAAAUAAUGCAUUGAUGUCAACGGGUGAUUUGCGUGUGUGGAAGUACAAGUCGUUCAUUUCUCAAAUUAGCUUUUUGUUACAAACUUGAUUAUUUCUUGUUGAAACACUUAGACAGAGGCAGACAACUAAUAUCAUAUACAUUACAUUAAAAUACUUGUAAUUUCACAGACGCUAAUCCAGAGUGACUAAUUACGCUUUCAGCCUUCUGACAGUGUCCCCACUCUCUCUUCACCUUCAGAACCAGAUUCAUGGCAAGCUGAUUGGGCGCCAUGAGGUGGAGAGCGCCGCCCUGCAGGAGAGGCUGCAGCAGCUGGCAGGCCAGAACAAGGGGCUGCAGGCCCAGCUCACCGAGAUGAAGAGGAAACAGGCUGAGCUCGACUGCAAGGUGGGGGAGAGGCAGAGGAUGGAGGUAGCCAAUGGUAGCAUUGAUAUGUGUGGGAUAAGUGGGCUGCAAGGUAAGACGGGAGAGGGAGAGGAAGAUGCAGAAAGAGGGAGGGAUGGAUGGAAGUGGGAGGAGAGGGGGAGUGGAGAAGGUAUGGGGAGGAUGGAGGAAGGUAGUGGAGUAAGUGGACUGACUGCCAGGUGAGAAGAUGGUGGGAGGGAGAGAGAUGGGUAAAGGAGAGGGUGGGGGGAAAUGGAAGCAGUCAAGGGUGACAUUAAUAAGUGGGCUGUGUGUGUGAGGCUGCAAUUCAAACAGACGCUAUUGCACAACUAGAUGGACUAGUGGCUUUCACUCAGGCUUUGCACCAGAGGUGAUUUUUCUCAUUCUGUCUUUUCUUUUCUGUUCCACCACUCUCUUCCCUCUCUCUGUAGAGUAAAGAGGAGGUGAUGGCGGUGCGCUUGCGGGAGGCUGACAGCAUGGCUGCCAUGGCUGAGCUCAGACAGAAGAUAGCUGAGCUGGAGAUACAGGUGGGGUGUUUGUAUACAGAUCUAAACUUGACUUCCAUAUUGACUGGAUGUCAUUGUCAAGUGUAUUUAGAUUUCUUCUGGGUGGUAUGUGUGCAUUGGAGAGAUCGUCUUCCCUACUUCUUUGGCGUUGACUGUUCGGUUGCGUACGUGAGUUUGUGUGUCUAUCCCUGUGUCCUACAGAAGGAGGAGGGUCUGAUCCAGGGUCAGCUGAACCACUCUGACUCCAGCCAGUAUAUCACCCAGCUUCGAGACCAGAUCGGAGAGCUCAAGAACGAGGUCACACACACAUUUAACAUUUUAGUCAUUUAGCAGACACUCUUAUCCAGAGCAACUUGCAGUAGUGACUUCAUACAUUUGCAUACUUUUUUUGGUUCUGGUCCCCUGUGGGAAUGGAACCCACAACCCUGGCGUUGCAAGCGCAAUGCUCUACCAAACUGAGCCACACGGGACCACCCCCACACACACCAGUAAAAGCUGGGGUUAGUUUAGCCAUUGAAACCCAGCUACAUGUGAAUCAGAUCCCCUCAUGCUUUUUGUAUUUCUCUGAAAUGAUAGAUGUUGGUCGCCACAUGAAGCAUGACAUACUAGAAUCUACCUUUCUUGCAAUCAGGGAACACUGGCCUUCCUUUGUAUGACAUUUCCAACCAAAAACAGACAUACCCCUUCAAAACCCCAGACCUCAGAAAGAGAGCGAUGAAUGCGUGUGAGAACUAGACAACACUGAUUCUCACAUGCUUAAAAACACACACACACACACAAACACAGCUGAACCACGCUAUACACUUGCUCAUUCAGAGUGAGGCUAUGCGUGAGAAGGAUGUCAGAGGAGGGAGUGAUGACACUGCCUUGCCCUUUUCUGUUCACUAGUUCUUAGAGUGCAUACUGUAGGUUAUAUUCAUCAUAUGGAGCCUUUCCGUAAAGAGUACCGAAAUAUUCAUGACAAAGUCGAAAUUAGCAAGCAGUAAUUUUCCGGUCUCAAAAUUCCUAGCAAUUCAACUGAGUUACUGUGUAUUAAAAUAUGGUUCAAGUUUAGAAAUGAGAAAUUCACCUUCAGAAGGCACAACAGGCAUCUAUUUAGCAAAUUAAUUCAUGUUUUGGUGUUGGACCGUAUCAUAACUAGAGAUUCACAUGUUUUUUUAGUAACUUCAAGUUAUGAUUUUAAAGUGCUUGUCAUGCCAAUGACUUUUGAAUAUUCUGAUUUGUCCCUGAACAAUAUGAUUCAUUUCAACAUAGUACAGUAUUGAUACACUUCGGAAAGGGCUGAACUAGAAUCAGAUCUGUUUUUCCCAGACAGCAUAGUGUACAUGAUUGAGCUCUGCUGUACACCGAGACAGAAGAGGAAGAGGUGGGCGAGUGCCUAGUCAUAGUGUUCCUGAAUCAGUGUGGUAUCUACACAUGCACACACACAUACGCUCACACAGACACACACGUACUUGCUGAAGCGGAGACCGGCUGUGGCUUGUCACGCAAGGGAUACCUACUACACGUCAUUGAUGCAGGUUUCAUAUGUGAUCGCACACACACAUACUGGUGAAAUGGUUGGUGCUUCAGCAGGUUCUUUCAUAGUAAAACAGACUUAAAUCUGUACUGGCAGUGAAAAUCCACAGGCAAUCUGACUUUCUGUAAAGCUUAUCGACAGACCUUCUCAACCUAUUUACAGUUGAAGUCGGAAGUUUACAUACACCUUAGCCAAAUACAUUUAAACUCAGUUUUUCACAAUUCCUGACAUUUAAUCCUAGCAAACAUUCCUUGUCUUAGGUCAGUUAGGAUCACCACUUUAUUUUAAGAAGUUGAAAUGUCAGAAUAAUAGUAGAGAGAAUUAUUUAUUUCAGCUUUUAUUUCUUUCAUCACAUUCCCAGUGAGUCAGAAGUUUACAUACACUCAAUUAGUAUUUGGUAGAAAUGCCUUUAAAUUGUUUAACUUGGGUCAACGUUUCGGGUAGCCUUCCACAAGCUUCCCACAAUAAGUUGGGUGAAUUUUGGCCCCAUUCUUCCUGACAGAGCUGGUGUAACUGAGUCAGGUUGUAGGCCUCGCUCACACACGCCUUUUCAGUUCUGCCCACACAUUUUCUAUAGGAUGGAGGUCAGGGCUUUGUGAUGGCCACUCCAAUACCUUGACUUUGUUGUCCUUAAGCCAUUUUGCCACAACUUUGGAAGUAUGCUUGGGGUCAUUGUCCAUUUGGAAGACCCAUUUGCGACCAAAGCUUUAACUUCCUGACUGAUGUCUUGAGAUGUUGCUUCAAUAUAUCACAUAAUUCUCCUUCCUCAUGAUGCCAUCUAUUUUGUGGAAGUGCACCAGUCCCUCCUGCAGCAAAGCACCCCCAACAGCAUGAUGCUGCCCACCCCCGUGCUUCACGGUUGGGAUGGUGUUUCUUCUGCUUGCAAGCCAUCCCCUUUUUCCUCCAAAACAUAACGAUGGUCAUUAUGGCCAACACAGUUCUAUUUUUGUUUCAUCAGACCAGAGGACAUUUCUCUAAAAAGUAUGAUUCUUUGUCCCCAUGUGCAGUUGCAAACCGUAGUCUGCCUUUUUUAUGGCGGUUUUGGAGCAGUGGCUUCUUCCUUGCUGAGCGGCCUUUCAGGUUAUGUCGAUAUAGGACUUGUUUUACUGUGGAUAUAGAUACUUUUGUACCUGUUUCCUCCAGCAUCUUCACAAGGUCCUUUGCUGUUGUUCUGGGAUUGAUUUGCACUUUUCGCACCAAAGUACGUUCAUCUCUAGGAGACCAGAACGCGUAUCCUUCCUGAGUGGUAUGACGGCUGCGUUGGUCCCAUGGUGGUUUUGUUUAUACUGCAUACUAUGUUUGUACAGAUGAACGUGGUACCUUCAGGCGUUUGGAAAUUGCUCCCAAGGAUUGAACCAGACUUGUGGAGGUCUACACAAUUCUUUUUCUGAGGUCUUGGCUGAUUUCUUUUGAUUUUCCCCAUGAUGUCCAGCAAAGAGGCACUGAGUUUGAAGGUAGUCCUUGAAAUUCAUCCACAGGUACACCCUCCAAUUGACUCAAAUGAUGUCAAUUAGCCUAUCAGAAGCUUCUAAGCCAAUGACAUCAUUUUCUGGAAUUUUCCAAGCUGUUUUUAAAGGCACCAGUCAACUUAGUGUAUGUAAAUUUUUUUUUAGAAAAAAUUACUUUGUGUCAUGCACAAAGUAGAUGUCCCUAACCGACUUGCCAAAACUAUUGUUUGUUAACAAGAAAUUUGUGGAGUGGUUGAAAAAUGAGUUUAAUGACUCUAACCUAAGUUUAUGUAAACUUCCGACUUCAACUGUAUCAGUUACCAGGUACUAGAUUUAGAACACACCCACACACAGAGUUAAAUCCAGUCUGACGUGCUCUCAACCGCAGGCUACAACACCAUACCAGGUUGCUAUAGAAAUGGGUCACUUUCCAACCAGUGUAGACCCUCUUCUCACCAACUGAAACACCAUCAAAAGCCUUUCUUUGUGAUAUCAGUAAUAUCCUAGAUGAUUGUGAUAAUGAUCUACGGGUAUGAAUGUCUUAAAUAUCCUUAUUUCUUUCUCUUUUAGAUCAGGCAGCUCCGCGGGCAGCGCUCCAAGUUCGCCCCUAGUUCCCGGGACGGGGGUGGGGGCUACCCGGACCUGUGUCUAGCUAGCCCCUCGUCGGCCGGAGGCGACUACCUGAGCUCGGAUGAGGAUCUGCUCCCCAGCCCCAUCCCCCCAGACGCCAUGUACCCCGCCCUGCCCCACCCCCACCCCUCGGCUAGGCUGGACAGCGAGGGCAGCACCGACAGUGAAGCUGAGGCCCACCCGGACCACCCCCACCACGGCCCCUCGCAGCAGCUCUACACUAGCAUGGUGUGUGCUGAGGUCCUGGACAACUGA